CAUCGGAUAGUUCAUCAUCUGACAGUCUGCCCGUGAAUGUGUUCGGUGCCGCGAAUUUCAACCGAUAGUUAUCUCGUACGAAAUACUAAUUUUACUUAACAUGAAGUGCUAGUGAAUGGCUACGAUGACAAAUCUCAUAUUAAUUAUUACCGGGUUCCUGGCUACAGUGAGUACGAUCCAAGCCGCAAGUUACACACUACAGUUCUACAAUGCCAACGCAGCCGCUACGGUGUAUACCUCGUCUAGAGAACUUAUCGUUCAUAGAAAUGGAAGAGUUGCACAGCGAAUCUUCAUGGACCAGGAUUUGCGAUCAAUGACACACUACGAAGAGAUCGCACAUGGAUUUAAGUUAUCUAACGCGAAUGGAGAGGAGAUUGAGUUUGUGAAGGACUUGGACACAGCGGAGUUUUCGCUGUUUACGAUUGCGCGAAGAGUUCGUGAUCGGUCCGAAGUAGUGACGGAUUGUGUUCGAAUGACGGGAUCGAAUUGGUUUGGUGGUCCGCAGCAAAAGUACCAGUACUGGCCGAUUCAGAAGCUCCGUUUCAACGAGUACUCUUUCUUGACGAAAGAGGCUGAUAAUUGUGCGGUAGCCGAUCGGUAUUGGUUGAACUCGCUGGGUUCGUUUGUCUACGUGCAUGAUGAGACUCCGUUAUUUGUCGACCAGAACUACGGACAGCCUGGAUACAUGUGCUUGGAAGCGAAAAAGUCUCUACCAUACGAUAUUUACGACGACACGUACUCUUUCGUUUAUCAGGUUGGAGUGGCCGGAGAUGCGAAGGUCGCACAUAUGGCUGCAGUGGGGAACAUUCUGGGAAAGCCCUCGGGACAUCCCGCCGAAGCCAUGGUUAAAUACCCGAUUUGGUCUACCUGGGCGCGGUAUAAGCGAGACAUUGAUCAACACGUAGUUCUGGAGUUUGCCAACGAAAUAGUUAAGAAUGGCUGGCCUAACAGCCAGUUCGAGUUGGACGAUGACUGGGAGACUUGUUACGGCGCUCUGCAGUUCAACACUACCAAGUUUCCGAACAUCAGGCAAACGAUCAGUGAUAUACGAGCGGCGGGAUUCCCAAGGGUUACGAUCUGGAUCCAUCCGUUCAUUAACAAAGGAUGUGAACCGAUAUACUCGGAAGCGAAACGACUCGGAUAUCUGGUAGCGGAUCAUGAAGGAAAUACGGAUACGGAAUGGUGGAAUAGCAAAACGGGGCAAGCUGCCUACGUGGACUUCACCAAACCUGAGGUUGCCCAGUGGUUCACACAACGGCUUCAAGCGGUUCUGGAUGUCAGCGGAAUCGAUAGCUUCAAGUUCGAUGCUGGGGAGACCAGCUGGACGCCGCCCAACCCACUGUUGAAUGGACCACGAUCGCACCAGCCAAACAUGAUCGUAGACGAUUACGUGCGAACGGUUGCCAAGUUUGGCGAAUUGGUCGAAGUGCGUUCCGCACAUCUCAGCCAGGAUCUGCCUAUUUUCGUUCGGAUGAUCGACAAAGAUUCCGAAUGGACCUGGAACAAUGGACUACCGACGUUGAUCACCACCCUGCUGCAAAUGAACAUGGUUGGUUACCCGUUGGUUCUACCAGAUAUGGUCGGAGGUAACGGAUACAACGAUCAUCCGCCAAACAAGGAGAUGUUCAUCCGUUGGCUCCAGGCCAACGUAUUCAUGCCCAGUAUUCAGUUCUCGUAUGUCCCGUGGAACUACGAUAACGAAACGGUGCAGAUUUCGAAGACGAUGACCAGCUUGCACGAGCAAUACACACCGCAGAUCAUGGAGCGAUUCAAGCUGGCCGUUUCCGAUGGGUACCCCGUGAAUCCUCCACUCUGGUGGAUCUCUCCGAACGAUACUAAGGCACAAAAAGUUUAUGAUCAAUUUCUGUUGGGAGAUGACAUCAUUUCGGCGCCGGUAAUCAAGGAAAACGUUCGAGCCCGGGAUAUCUAUCUCCCGAUCGGUGACUGGGUGGAUGGCAACACGGGGACGGCCCACACCGGGCCCAAAUGGAUAAGGAACUAUUCCGUUCCUCUGAAAAUGCUUCCGUAUUUUUUGCGGAAGAAAGCGUGAGAUUUGAUAUAACUGAAUAAAGGUGCUUGAGAAUAGAUUUGAAGUGGUCAAGGUUAUCUUGACGGAUAGGAAAUUACUUUGUUAUCGGUAAAAAUCAACAAACAUUCACUAACUAAAAUAAGCAAAUGCUUUUAAGUACCUUCUUGUAUUUCUUCUUCUUUCUGAGAUUACAUCACACAUGAGGUAAAAACUGACAACAUUACAUACUUCCAUAGCUUUAAAUCUCUUUCCGCCAACGACUUUUUUCAAUGUUACGGAAGGCUUCUAAGCUAAAUUAGCUUGAACAAAAAUUGUUGGAAAUUGUCUACAAUUACACUAAUUUACAAAUAAAAAUGAAAGUCAUGAACUUUAA